GACUUGCAAGUCCGCUGCAGCCUUUCUCCAGUCCACUGGGUGUCAGUGACGAGCGCUGCUUUCUUAACCGCGCUUCCGCUCUCAGUCUUCGGCGGCCAUCACGCUUCUGUCAUUGCAGCGGCUUGAUCCUUGAGCAGAGUAAAAAUGGCAGGCCGACGUGCAGCUGUAAAGGCCAUUGACUGGCUGGCUUUUGCGGAGAGGGUCCCUCCGAACCAGAGAGCCAUGUUCAACAGCUUGAAGACCCGCAGUGACUCCAUCACAGCAAAACUUGCAUCCUUGCCAGAGAAACCGGCUCCCAUUGACUGGAGUUACUACAGAACAGUUGUGGCCAAAGCCGGCAUGGUGGAUGAGUUUGAGAAGAAGUUUUCUGCCUUGGCGGUCCCUGAACCAGUGGACACUCAGACUGCAAAGAUUGAUUCCCAGGAGCAGGAUUCUAACAAAACUGCAGCUGCUUACUUGGAAGCAUCUCAAGCUCGUAUCGCUGAAUACGAGAAGGGGCUUGAGAAGUUCAGGAACAUGAUUCCUUUCGACCAGAUGACCAUAGAGGAUCUCAACAACACCUUCCCGGAGACCAAGCUGGACAAGGAAAAAUAUCCAUACUGGCCACAUAAGCCUAUCGCCGACCUGUAAUUUAUUAGCAACACCCGGAGCUUCAGUAAUGAAUCUUUACGAGUCUGAGGUUGCUCUGUAUAGUCUGGUCUGAGUAAUACUUCUGCUGUAGAAGUGAUUCCAAUCGUGAAAUAACUCAUUACUGUUUUAUUUGUGAAUGAAAAUAAAAAUUACUUGUUUAAAUAAUGA